GCAAACCAAAACUAAAGAUAUAAAAGAAGUUGGGCCCUUUAUUUUCGGAGAAGGAAAUCCACCACCUCCAUCACAACUCCCUCUGCUCUCACCAAUGGCUGACGAUAAGAAACCCACCUUCUCCUCCGUUUGGCCCACCGUCAAGCCCUUUGUUAAUGGCGGUGCCUCCGGCAUGCUCGCCACCUGUGUCAUUCAACCCAUUGAUAUGGUCAAGGUCAGAAUUCAACUUGGUCAGGGAUCCGCUGGCCAGGUCACAAGAACCAUGCUUAAGGAAGAGGGUUUUGGUGCCUUUUACAAGGGGUUAUCUGCUGGAUUGCUCAGACAAGCUACAUAUACUACAGCAAGACUUGGAUCUUUUAAGAUGUUGACAAACAAAGCAAUUGAAGCCAACGAGGGAAAGCCCCUUCCACUAUAUCAGAAGGCCUUAUGUGGGCUCACAGCCGGUGCUAUUGGAGCAUCUGUUGGUAGUCCAGCGGACUUAGCUCUUAUUCGCAUGCAAGCAGAUGCAACUUUACCUGCUGCCCAGCGCCGAAAUUAUAAAAAUGCCUUCCAUGCACUUUACCGCAUUCUUGCAGAUGAGGGGGUUUUAGCUCUUUGGAAAGGUGCAGGCCCCACUAUUGUAAGAGCAAUGGGAUUAAACAUGGGAAUGCUUGCUUCAUAUGAUCAAAGUGUUGAGUUCUUCAAGGAUAACCUUGGUUUUGGCGAAGCUGCUACGGUGUUGGGUGCCAGUACGGUAUCAGGAUUCUUUGCUUCAGCGUGUAGUCUACCCUUUGAUUAUGUGAAAACUCAAAUUCAGAAAAUGCAACCUGAUGCUGAGGGAAAAUUUCCCUACUCUGGUUCUUUGGAUUGUGCCAUGAAAACUCUCAAGGCAGGAGGGCCGUUAAAAUUCUACACUGGAUUUCCAGUGUAUUGCGUGAGAAUUGCCCCCCAUGUCAUGAUGACUUGGAUUUUCCUAAACCAGAUUCAAAAGGUAGAAAAAUCAUUCGGGUUAUGAAGGACUGACCAAGAUGAUGGAGAUCCUUUCCAAGUUUAUUUCAGGCUUCAACAAUUAUGGUUUUCUUUCCCAUGUGGUUCUUUGACCAUGUUGUAAUCUAACUUUCUUUGAAUAUGGAAUUCCAGGCUUGAGUUUAAAAGCGUUUUAAUUA